AUGUCUACUGAUGAUUCGAGCUCGAGUCGUGGAGGAAGAGAAGAUAAUGAAGACACCAGCACCCCAAAUUCCACGCCUCCACCAACAUUCGCAGACAUCGACCGAUGGAAUUAUCAUACUACCUUGAAGCAAUUCGGAGCAAGUCUUCAAGCCGCUGCUAACGCAGUGUUUCCAAACGACAAGAAGUCGAGAUAUUCCCAGGUAUCGGUCUUAAUGUUGAGUUGGGCUGACGAAGAUCCCCGUCUCCCUGUGUCACGUGAAAUUAAUGAGCUGGAAAGGGUUUUUAGGGAUGUUUAUCAUUUCACAACAGAGAGAUGGGAAAUACCGGAGAAAAAUUCGCAUUUCAAGUUGGCAGAGAGGGUUAUAGCAUUCACAAGACCGGAGGAAGAUAGUGCUUCAAAGCUGAAAAUCCUGUAUUAUGCAGGACAUGCGAGGCUCAUGGAUACGCGUGCUCUUGCUUGGACUAGCUGGCAUAAUAAACAGAAGCAGAAAUGCCCCUCCGUAAAAUGGGGAGCGAUUCAAAGCUUUCUUGAAGAGUCGCCAAGCGAUGCACUUGUUUUGUUGGAUUGCUGUGCUUCCGGGACAGUAAAUACCAGCGAAGGCAGUGGCAUCACGGAAGUGAUCUCGGCUUGCGCUUGGAACCAGACUGCAAAUGGAGUUGGUCCAUACUCCUUGACUAGUGCGUUAGUUAUUGAAUUAAAGAGACUGAGUCAGAGAAGAUCAUUCAGUGUUGGCGAGCUCUACAGAAACAUAUUCAUGAGGACUCAAAAUCGACUGCCAGAAGAUAUACCUGAGCGAGGAAUUGAACGGGAACGCCACCCCGCACCAAUUCACUUACUAUUAUCACAGUCUAAAGACAUGCCAAGAAGUAUACAACUUUCCGUCGGGCCUCUGGUGGAGGAGGGAAGACAAGAACAGAGCAAUUCAGAUCACACUGGAAAAGAAGCGCCUUGUAGAUUACCGUUCUCGGGCCAGAAUCCUUUCCCCGGAACAGAGAAGAACGCUACAGUAGAAGACGCAGCGCCCCCCACACGCCUAGAUAUCACGGGCUCUACUUCAAAGACAGACAAUGAAGUUCCACGGCUAGCAUUUGCUGUUCGACUAAGCGAAAAUUUCAGACCUGGCGAAGAUAUCAAAGAUUUGUUCAUCGAGUGGCUCAGAAACAUUCCAACCAUUGCCAAGGAAGUCAACAUAGAAGCUGGCUUCGAUAGCUUUUCCACGCUUUUGAUAGUGUCUCUACCACUAUCAAUUUUCGCGUAUCUUCCUCACGAUCCUUCAAUAAUCUCACUAGGACCAAUCAUAUCUGGCAAUAGAAUCCUGCAUGACGAAGCAAAGGAGGAUGUGCGGCUGAACUCUAAAUUCCCAUCCAAGACCUCCAGUGACUCAAACGAGGCUGUAUGGAGUUCUUCACUAGGUAUCCAUACGAUGGCUAAAAAAUCUCCACGUACAGCUCGAAAUCGAAGUAUAUUCACUCCUAUCGAGGAGCCCCAAUAUAUGCAGACCUGGAAGGGGGAGAACCCAGAUUGA